GUCGGUAUGUUGUUUAUAUUGUUUUGAUGUGCAAGUAUCAUUACUUAUUUAGAUAAGUUAGCAUUUAUUUUAUAAUGGCAUUUGUUAAGAUGAGAUUCCUAUCUUCUCCUAUCCCAUAUAUAUUGAUCAAUAGCCAAGGAAGAAUAGCACAUUGGCAACUCAACUGCACAUAUUCACCUUCAACACCCUUUUCUUUUCUUGUUUGAGAAAAAUGGAAGUUUCUCCAUCAAACUCUAAAACUCACAACCAUGCUCGUUCUAAUAGCUUGCCUUCUAAGCCACACCCUGUAAUUCUCCAAUGCAAUGAACACUUAGCCAGAUUAGUAGGGGCUUCUGACUCCAUUUCCUCCUCUAAAGUGUUAUGUCACAAACUAAGUGGUCUUCAGGAUUUACACAACUGUGUUGAGAAGUUGAUUCAACUACCUCUAACACAAGAAGCACUUAUCCAGGAACAACAAGAAAAAUGGGUUAAUGAGCUCUUGGAUGGUUCACUAAGGCUCCUAGAUACAUGUUCAGCUACCAAAGAUGGACUAUUGCACACAAAAGAGUGCAUCCGUGAGCUACAAUCGAUUAUAAGAAGACGAAGGGGUGGUGAAGUGGAUCAACUCGCAGGAGAGGCUAAGAAAUUCUUGACCUCAAGAAAAGUGGUGAGAAAGGCCAUCAUCAAAGCCUUGGAAAAUUUGAAGAGUAAUGCAAACAAAUGCAGCAGCAGCUUCUCCAUCACCACCAACAAAGACUACCAAACCGCAGCCUCGGUUAACUUGUUAAAAGAGGUUGAAGUGAUAACUUUCUGCAUAUUUGAGUCACUGUUGAAUUUCAUUUCGGGAACACAAUCAAAACGAUGCAGCUGGUCUUUGGUUUCAAAGCUAAUGGUGAACAGCAAAAAGAUGUCACAAGAAGUGGAUGUUGAGAACGAGUUUACAAAAGUGGACACUGCAUUACAGUUCUUUGCAUUCAACAAGUCAAAUGAUGACAUCAAUGACUUGCAAAGAAAGUUGGAAAGAUUAGGAUCCUGCAUACAAGAGCUUGAAGAGGGACUUGAGUCACUGUUUAGGCGUUUAAUUAAAAUCAGAGUUGCACUUCUGAACAUCCUCAAUCACUAGCCAAAUGCAACUAGAGGCACCAGAAUUUUUUGUAAUAUGUAUCAUCUUGUCACAGAUAAUUGUAAUAUGUACUGCUAUUACUCGAUGAUUAAAGUUUGAGAAAUGACUUGAACAUACUUA